AUGAAGCAGAAGAGCCUCAUGUCUUUCUUUGGCAAAACGCCGACCAAGGACGAGAAAACCGCUGCGACGCCAAACUUGAAGGCGACUUCUGCAAAGGAGAAAGCACCAGAUGCAGACGCGUCUUCCCCCGUUGUGACGGAGGCGCGGACGCCGCUGCCAAAGGGAAGCUCGCAGUCGUCGGGCAUCGUGAGCGCGACGUAUACGCGCAGCUCGGAGGGCAGCGCGCGGGAUACCCCGCCCACGAGCGACCCUAUAGACGUCGACAUGAUCGAGGACGAGGACGAGGACGAGUCGGGCGCGGUGCAGAGCAGCGCGGCGAGGCCGACGGCUUCCCGGACGAAGCGGAAGAUAGUCGUGGACGACGACGACGAUGACCUUGCUUCAAGCGAACCGCUCGCAUACAAGCGGGCUUCGGGCAGGUCGAAGAAGGCACGCAUGUCUGCUGUAUUCUCCGACGAAGAGGAGGAGGAAGAGGAGGAUGCGCCAAGGCUCAAUUCCUUCGCGAAACGUCUCACGAAGUACCAGAAGUCUCCCGCCAAGGGCAAAUCUAGGAGACGGAAGACCGACGAUGACGACGACUUCAUUGUCCCAGACGACAUCAACGAGGAGGACGAGGACGAGGACAACGACCGGGCGUCUUCGCGUGCUUCGUCGUCGUCACGCCCCUCGUCGCGUCUAUCGGCGUAUUCCCGUUCCUCCGGGGCGACCGACGCGGAGUCGGAUGAAGAGGCACCCAAGACGAAGAAGAAAGCCGCUGCGCGCCCGCCUUUGCAAAAGGAGAGUAGCUCCAUGGGUGGGAGCAACUUCCUCACCGCGGCGGAGCAGCGCGCGCUGAAGCAGAAGGACGAGAAAAAGAGCACGGAGGAUCCGUUCAGCUUCCUGGUCGACGUACGCGACAAGGACGAAGUGCGCCCGGGCCAGCCCGGAUACGACCCGCGGACCCUGUACAUCCCACCGAGGGCGUGGACGAGCUUCACGCCUUUCGAGAAGCAGUUCUGGGAGAUCAAGCAGAACCACUUCGACACGAUCCUGUUCUUUCAGAAGGGCAAGUUCCUAGAGCUGUAUGAGGAGGACGCGCGCGUUGGCCAUCGCGAGUUUGACCUUAAACUGACACAGCGCGUCAAGAUGAGCAUGGUCGGCGUUCCUGAGAUGUCCUUCAACUUCUGGGCAGCCAAGUUUCUCGCUAAAGGCUACAAAGUUGGACGUGUUGACCAGGCGGAGACAGCCCUCGGGGCAGAGAUGCGUCUUGCUGCCGACAAGAAGAACAAGAAGGAACCGGCCAAGGACAAGGGAAAGGACAAGAUCGUGCGGCGCGAGCUCAACAAGGUCUACACCAAUGGCACGCUCGUCGACGAGGAGCUGCUCACAGACGAGCAAGCGGGCCACUGCGUCUCCAUCCGCGAAGAGGAGGCGGUGGAGACCGACAAGGACGGCAAGCAGACUUUCGGGAUUUGUGUGCUCGAUAGCGCCACGAGCGAGUUCAACCUCAGCGCGUUCGAGGACGAUAUUUGUCGUACGAAGCUGGAGACGAUGAUGCGCCAGCUGCGCCCGAAGGAGAUCAUUUUUACUAAGGGAAAUCUGUCGGUCUCGACUACGCGGCUGUUGAAGUCAAUCCUGCCCGGGAACUGCUUGUGGACGAGUCUGCGCGAGAGCGAGGGAUUCAAGUACAACGAGGCGAUCAAGGAGCUGAAGAAGCUCUAUCCUGCGGAUGAGGACGACGACGAGAUGGCUGACAACCCGCACGGCUUGACCAAGGCUGUACCCGAGCCCAUCCGAAGGAUGCUCCCGCACCAAGGAGCUAUCCAGGCGCUGGGGUCGAUGAUCUGGUACCUGCAUACACUCAACAUCGACAAGGACAUCUUGAGCAUGAAGAACUUCAAUGUAUACGAUCCCAUGAAGCGUGGACAGGGCCUAGUCCUGGAUGGUCAGACUCUCGCCCAUGUUGAAGUCCUACAAAACAACGAGGGGACUGAGGAGGGCACCCUGCUCAAGUUGCUUGGGCGAUGCAUCACUCCCUCAGGCAAACGUCUGUUCCGUAUAUGGUUGUGUAUGCCUCUUCGCGAGGUAAAGGACAUCAAUGCGAGGCUUGACGCGGUGCAAGACCUGCUCGAACACCCCACGUUCGAGAAGGACUUCACGGCAAUCGCAAAGGGCCUUCCGGAUUUGGAGCGCAUCGUCUCCCGUAUCCACGCGAAGAACUGCAAGGUCAAGGACUUCAUCAAGGUCCUCGGCGCGUUCAGGAGCCUCAGCAAGGGCCUAUCUGCUUUGGCCGAGACUGCGGACUCCUUCGACUCUAAGAGCAUCCCCGGACUGCUGCGCACGGCGCCGGACCUCACCCCGAACCUGAAGCACAUUCAGGCGAUGUUCAAGCCCCCGGAGAGUGGGAGCGACGAGCUUUGUCCGGAAGACGGCAAGGAUGAGGUGUAUGACGGCAUCAUGGAGGAGAUCAACGAGCUAGAGAAUGAGCUCAAGAGCGAAUUGAAGAAGCUCCGCAAGCAGACUGGGUUGGACCUCACUUACUGGCACAGCGCCCAAGGCACCAAGGAAAUAUACCUCGUCCAGACUCAAGGCAAGGAGAGGGAUAAGGCACCUAAGGGAUGGACACUGAGCGGGUCUACGAAGGCCGCGAAGCGCUUCAUCGUCCCCGCCUUGCAGACCACGAUCCGGAAGGUCAAGGAAGCCCGGGAAAACCGCAACACCGCCAUCAAGGAGUUCAAGAACCGGCUGUAUGCCGAGUUCGACUUGGACCGCAGCGUAUGGCUGCGCGCCAUCCGGGUGCUCGCCGAGCUAGACUGUCUGUUCAGCUUAGCCAAGGCAUCGAGUGCGCUUGGGGAGCCUGCGUGCAGACCUGAGCUCGUGGAGGGCGACGAGGCGUUCAUCGAGUUUGAGGACUUAAGGCACCCGGCGUUGUGUGCGAGUGGGUCGUUGAAGGGCGACUUUAUCCCGAACAAUGUGAAGCUGGGUGGCGAGGUCGGUAAGAUCGCGUUGUUGACUGGUACAGGUAAAUCAACAGCCAUGCGUAUGACUGCUGCAGGCAUUAUCAUGGCGCAACUUGGUAUGCUUGUACCAGCCGCGAAAGCUCGUCUCUGCCCGGUGGACUCUAUCCUUACCCGCAUGGGUGCCUACGACAACAUGUUCUCGAACGCCAGUACGUUCAAGGUUGAGCUCGACGAAUGCUGUAAGAUCCUGCGCGACGCAACACCGAAGUCGUUCGUGAUUCUCGAUGAAUUGGGCCGCGGGACCUCUACAUACGACGGUAUGGCCAUCGCGGCUGCGGUGCUCCACGAACUGGCGACGCACACGCUGUCGCUGUCAUUUUUCGCAACCCACUACGGGUCGCUGACGGACGACUUCGCGUACCACCCCAACAUUCGCAACAUGCACAUGCAAACGCUCGUCGACGACGAAAAGCGCGAGCUCGUUUUCCUUUACAAGCUCGUCGAGGGCGUCGCGAGCUCCUCCUUCGGCACGCACGUCGCGAACCUCGCCGGGGUGCCCCUCGCGGUCGUCGAGCGCGCAGAGGUCGUCUCCAGGGACUUUGCGAAGCACUUCCAGGAGAAGGUCGAGGGCAAGAAGAACAAGGCGGCCGGCCGCCUGCCUAUCGUCGCGCAGGCGGACUUUGCGUACCUGUACAAGCUCGCGACGGGCGCGCUCGAGAUGCCGGCGGACAGGGUCCGAAGGCGGGAGGUGCUCAGGAUGCUCAAGGGCGCGGUGAAAGGCUGUCUGCAGGAGUGCGCCGCUUGA